GUGAAAAUGUUUCGCUUAUUCUUUGUGUUGGCUCUUGCCUUUUUGUUGAGUUCCUUCGCGAGUUCACAAAAGAAAUCUGCUAAUCAGAGUCAUAGAACAACGACGAAAUCAAACUGCUGUGCUUCACAAGCUGGUUACUGUAAAGAUGGAAAAGACGGAAAAGAUGGACAAAACGGAAAAGAUGGACGCGAUGGAAUAAACGGACGAGAUGGACGUGAUGGGACAGUUGGAGCAAAGGGAGAGAAAGGUGAACCAGGCAUGCAUGGUGUGAAUGAAAAUACUGGCACCAAGGGCGAGAAAGGAUCUGUUGGACAGAAAGGAUCACAGGGACAAAAGGGACAGAAAGGAAUGCUGGGAACAUGUGAUGACCUGACCUCCUCGUCAUCCUCUGGAAAAAGAGGAUGUUGUCAAGUUGAAUGUUCCACUGGUUUCCACUUCUUCGAGAAAGUUCAAGACUUGCCAACCAGAGGAGCUGCAGCUGUUCAACAUUUUACCAUUAAUGGAAGUCUGUUCCUCACUUUUGGGAACUUCUAUGGAGAUAUUUACCGAUACAAGACAAGCUCCGUGGUUUACAAGAUGGAUGAACCGACUGAAAAAUUCAUAUUGUACCAGACCCUGCAAACUAGAGGUGCCAAUGGUGUUGAGUACUUUUCUAUCGUUGAUAAACAUUUCCUUGCUGUGGCUUGUUAUCGGGAUAAUACGCACCAACUUGACUCUGUCGUCUUCCGGUGGAAUGGACAGCAGUUUGUGGUAUUUCAGAAAUUACCAACAAAAGGAGCUGCACACUUCAAGUUCUUCGAGGUAAAUGAAGAAAAAUAUCUCACAGUGGCAAACUCUCAUGAAAUCAAAUCAAUCAUCUACAAAUGGAAUGGGGUCAAGUUCAACAAGUUCCAGGAGAUAGCAACUGAAGGUGCCAUGAAAUGUACGUCAUUUGAAAUAAACAAUGUCACUUACAUCGCUUUCGCCAACUAUUACAACUCUCAACUGAAGUAUUCUGUUCAGUCCACUGUCUUUAAGUGGUCAGGAGGACACUUUGUCAAACUACAGUCUCUACCAACAUACGGGGCACGUGACGUGAAAUGUGUUAACAUUAAUGGUCACACAUUCCUCGCUUUUGCCUGCUACUUCUCUGGAAGUUCCACUAACACUGACUCGUUUAUCUAUAAAUGGGAUGGUACUAAGUUCGUUCUUUUCCAAUCCAUUCCUACCCGUGGAGCCCUUGCUUGGAACCCUUUCGUGAUCAGUGGUCUCACAUACAUGGUUGUUGCCAAUGGUUACGACAACAGCCACCAACACAGCACUAAAUCAGUUGUGUACCAGGCCUCUGGAGCACAGUUUAUCAAGUACCAAGAGAUUUCUACCCAUGGAGCUCAUGAUAUGACAUCAUUUGAGUACAAAGGUCAAACUUAUCUGGCAGUGGCAAACUACCACAAGCAGAAGUACAACAUAAACAGCGCUUUAUACAAGUGGAUUUAG